CAAUUAAUUCAUACCAAAGCACGCCAAAGCUAUACUAGUAUAUAUCUUAUAAGCCUAAUUGCCGAAACUUCGAUCACUACCUAGAGUGUUCGUUUUCUUUUUUUAUAUCAUUAAGAGAGUUAGCAUUCAAUGGCAGGUAUUGCAUCUGGAAUCUGCACCCUUGCCGUUGGCUCAUGUGAUGCUCGACGACGAUCAAGACAAGUCGAAUGCACUCCCAACUCUAACACUAACACUAGCACUAGCACUAAUAGUAACAAUACUUGUGCACCAUCAUCUGAAGAGUUGGCUCAUUAUUCAAAUUGUGGGAAGCAAGAUAUCAAGGGUCUUACAAACCAAACUGGAUACGUGAAGGGUAACGCUAAUGGGGUCAUUAACUUUGGGACUCUCACUGCUUCUGCUGGUGCUCCGAGGCAAGCAUGAACCCUUUCAUUACAAUAACACGCAUGAAGCAACAAUAUAUAUAUUGCUGCAGGAAACUCAAUAACUACUAAAUAACUUCUGCUGCUGUUGCCUAUAUUUAUCAUUUCGAUGUGGUUCGUAUACCUGCCAAAGCCAUCAUAGUAUUAUUGGAAGAAAAAGAUGUGCGGGUGGAAUUCUCAAUAUUGGACCAUAUAUCUAAGUUUAAUUAAAAUUUUAUAGAUGUUGUUCUUCUGUAAAUUUGUAUAUUAUUAAAUAAAUAGUAGUUUUGCGUAGUUGUUGUUGAUAUCAAUGAGUGGUUAGCUGCUAUAACUAUACGUACAAUAUUGAAUUUUCAAAAAUUUAAGUUUGAUAGUAUAUAUGCUUACUUAAGGUCUCUUCUUGCUAAAUAUAUAACCUUUCAACAUUUUAGAUUUUAAGAGAAAAAAGUUUACAAGAAACGGGUUUGGUUCUCGCGUGUUUCUCCGAUUUUCAAUUGGUUCAAUAAUUCUCAAGAUGGUUUUUGAAGGAUAUGGAUAUCUCUAUUGCCGUCCAAAAAUGGAUUAAACUGUAUAGUUUGGAUUUAAUAGUCUUCAUAUUUGAAAUCGCACAAUUGUUUAUAAUUUUCUUUUUUGCCAAACUAUUAAUGUGAUCCCUAAACUUGUGUUAUAAUUUAAUGUUAUAUGGUCCCUAUACCUAAAACUACACGUUUUAGUCCAACAUUUAAUUAUGGUUUGAUGAUCUCUACCAUUAUGUCACCUCAAAAUAUUAUAAGAACAGGUGAUGGCUCCUUCUGUUUGGUGCAGUAACCGUAGAGUUGAUCUUCUUCUUCAAUUUGAGGAUCUUGGAGGUGUUAUGGAAGGAUUGCAGCAGAUCAACAUGAAUACAAGCCAUUUUUCUUCGAUGAUGGAUGAAAGAAGUGCAAUAAGCAAGAAUAAGAGGUCAAGGAGGGUGACUUAUUACGCCUGUGGAGGAAGGGUGAGGCUGCACGCAUUAAGAAAAUUUGGGCACAAAUUUUUUAGGUGUCCAAACUAUAGGAAAGCAUGGAAUUGUGGAUAUUUUCAAUGCAUGGAUGAGAAAACAUUUGAACAUAUGGAGCAACUCAUUGAAGAACAACAAGAUCUUAUUGUGAACAUGAAGAAAUGCGUUGGGGUUUACAAGCUGCUGCUAUGUUGUUCAUUGGGCUUGUUCUUGUUUGUGGUGUUGGUUGCUCUUUACAUUGACUUGUUUUAUGCUAAAUUUGUGAAGUACAAGUUGGUGUUAGAGAGACAAGUGAUGAAGAAGUGAAGUUUGAAGGUCGAUCAAAUGGUGUUUCAAAGUUGUUUUCUAGUCAAUGUUGUAAUUAAUUUUCGGUCUUGUAUUUAGCUGAUACAGUGGUGUAAAUGUAACUUCCAACUUGCCCUUAAUAAAAAGGGUUAUUUAUAUUUAACAAUGUUGUUCAUUGAGUAGAGAUCCACAUUCAAUAAAUUUACAAUUAAGAGAAA